ACGCGUUGCAGUUUCACAAUGCGUCCGUUUGAUGUCGCCCCAUCACUGGGUGUGAUGCGCCCAACCUUCCGACCUCUGGGCAUGGUCCUCGGACCAAUCACAGAUGAGGUGGGUGGGAACUCGAGUGCCAGUACAGAUAGUGGCAGAAGUUUGGAGCGACCUGCCCGCGCCGCCGCCGCUGCUGCCGCGGCACCUGUGAGUCUCCACGCAAAUAAAUAGCCGCGGCUGACUAUGCCGAGUUAAAGAGCAUCUGACUUGCGCCCUGUCCCAUGAUGGCACGCGAUGUUCUAACCGUGGACGCUUUCACGGGCAAAGCGAUGCCCAGAGGCGAGCCGUGUACAUGCAGCGCCAACUGCCGGAGUCGGAGCAGCAGUGUCGUCUUCCUCGGAUUAUUCCUGCUGUCACUCUCCCUGCACGCGGUCACGCUCGUCUGCUACUUGGACCUGCGUUCGGAGGUCAAAAGGGAAAUAAUCCACCAGAAACGAGACUCCACGCUGACACUAGCGGGGAGCGACUCGGGCAACGCGGCGUCUGUGGUACUCCGGCCCGAACCCCCGCGAUUCGACCCCAGCACCAGCCGCUCAGCAGAUGAUCCAGAGGAGAAAUUACUGCACAGAAAUAGUGACACCCCUGCCACAGAAGAUAACACAGGCAUAACUCAAAGGGAGAAAAGAAGUCCCGGCAAGCAGCCAGAAACAGGCAAGAAAAGACCAAUAUCAGGCCCUCCUGGUCCUCCCGGUCCCCCAGGCCCCCAGGGGCCUCCGGGAAUUCCUGGAAUCCCUGGCAUCCCAGGAAGUAAUGCUGUGGGUCCUACAGGACCUCCCGGCCCCCCUGGACCACAGGGGCCUCCAGGUGCUCAAGGCCCAGCAGGAGUUCCUGAUAGGAUGAAAACUAAAGAAUUCCAGCCCGCUGUGGUCCAUUUGCAAGGGCAGGAAACAACCAUCCAAGUAAGAGAAGAUCUUUCUGAAGGUAUCCUCAGGAACUGGAAGAUGGUGUCCAUCCAUCACCGUGUGUUUAAAAUGCACUCUCGCUCUGGAGAGCUAGAGGUGCUGUUGGACGGUGUCUACUUCAUAUAUAGUCAGGUAGAAGUGUACUACCUCAACUUCACAGACAUCGCCAGCUACGAAGUGAUGGUGGAUUCCAACCCGUUUCUCCGCUGCACCUGCAGCAUUGAGACAGGCCAGCGCAAGUUCAACACCUGCUACACAGCUGGGGUGAGCCUGCUACGUGCGGGCCAACGAAUAUCCAUUCGCAUAGUGUAUGAAGACACGCUCAUCAGUAUGACCAACCACACCACUUUCCUGGGAAGUGUCAGACUUGGAGAGGUGCCAUCUGCUGGACAGAACUGAUAACUACACAAGUCAGCCCUCUCAACGCAACAAGUUUGUCUGCAUUUGAAGAAAUGGUUAGGUUUGGAAGCUUCCAGUCUUGCCCUGUGAGAUCCUGCUAGGACACAGUGAAACCCUGUAGGGUGAUAAAGUUGAGGAUCACUCAGGUUUACUAUCACAGUCUUGUAGUAAGGAGGACAUAAUGGACUGUUCUUCUUGUGCCUCCACUGAUUCAGUGCUAUCGACCUUGACUAGCUGAAUGUCUGUUGGCUAUUCAGACAAAUGUCACUAAUUAUAGUCCCCAGCUUCUCUUCUCUUCUCCCUCCCUCUCCAUAACAAGGAAUGAUACUGCACAAACAGGUAUUUUAAAUUAACAAUUUGUAUCUCCAAAAAGGACUAGGGAUUCGAAAUUGUGAUAUUUUGUUUGCUUGUACACUACCACUACUUAACUUUAUUAAUACCUAUUUGUGGUCUACCAUAAAGAGCUCUAGAUUCUACUAUAGCUCUAAAGUUAAAAGAAACAAAAAAAGUUGAGAAAAUCCAUGCAAUGGGAGUCAAGAGGUAUUCAAAGAGCAACAGCACUAUAUAUUUUGCGCACAUUUUGCACUACAAUAUCCCUGCAGAAUAUCAGUGAUGUGUUCUGUGACUGUGCUAUUGUUGAGUUACUGUAUGAAUGCGUACAUGUAGAAAAAUGAUUUUUGUUUAUACGUCUGUGUACAUAUUGUAUAUAAAAAUGGGAUAUACUUUUGUAACUUGAGAGGAUUGAUGGAUUAAAAUGUUUUGUUCUGUCGAAA